UCCUUGAACUGUUUGAUUGCUAGCUGGAUGCACGAAAAUCUGAGGAGAUACUAGUUCCAUGGGUCAUAUUUCAGCUGUUAAAGAUCGAUAAAUAGUUCUGUGACCAGAAGUUCAACUUCUAUUUCAACUGAGUUUUUCUUCUUGCAGGCCCAUUCAUACUCUGGGAUGCUCUAACUAGUGUUACGGGUGUGGUGUCAUCUGAGAUUGAUGAUGGAGAGAUUUCCACGGUUGGCACAACGCGUUCUUUCCGUUCCAUUCACUCCAAAAUACUUGAAAUCUUGUAAGAAAACGAAUCCUCUGACCUCCCACUUAAUGCAACUCCGUGGCUCCCAGAGACCAAUAUUCAUACAAUGGAAUCUGCAGGGAAGACCUUCUGUAUGCACUGACUUAAUAUCCAAGAAAAAUUACAGUUCUGCCACUGCUCGGGCAGGUUGGUUUCUGGGUUUAGGAGAGAAAAAAAAGCAAGCCAUGCCUGACAUUGUGAAAGCCGGUGACCCUGUUCUUCAUGAACCGUCUCAGGACAUUCCUCUUGAGGAGAUUGGGUCAGAACGAAUCCAAAAGAUUAUAGAGGAGAUGGUGAAGGUUAUGAGAAAUGCACCCGGAGUUGGUCUUGCCGCUCCUCAAAUUGGUAUUCCUUUGAAGAUAAUUGUGCUGGAAGACACAAAUGAGUACAUAAGCUAUGCUCCUAAAGAUGAAACCAAAGCACAGGACAGACGUCCAUUUGGUCUCCUGGUUAUUAUAAAUCCAAAGCUUAAAAAGAAGGGCAAUAAAACUGCAUUGUUUUUCGAGGGCUGCUUGAGUGUUGAUGGGUUCAGAGCAGUUGUGGAAAGACACCUAGAGGUAGAGGUUACUGGUUUGGAUCGAAAUGGCAAAGCAAUCAAAGUAGAUGCUUCAGGAUGGCAGGCUCGCAUCUUGCAGCACGAAUAUGACCACCUAGACGGAACUCUUUAUGUUGACAAGAUGGCUCCUAGAACCUUCAGGACUGUAGAGAACUUGGACUUGCCUCUUGCAGCUGGCUGUCCUAAAUUGGGAGUGUGCUAGGUCCACUACCUCGAGCGACUCAUUGUGAACUGAAUUAUCAAUAUCUUGCUUGGAAAUGGAAUCAUUUGUCCCUUGCUCAGAUAACUGUGAUGUUAGAAAACAAUAAAGGAGCUACUGACGCUGACUCUUGUGGGAUAUUGAAGUACUUGGAUUCAGAAAUGAGGUAGCAAAUAGGUGUGUACAUUAAGCUGUUUACACAGAUCAUUUUUUUGAAUGGUAUACUGUUUCUCUUUCUGUUAUGGUAUACUACAAAGUUGAUACUGUUAUUGCACAGCAGAAAAUGAGAGGUAUCGGGAUUAUAGAGGGAUAUGCAAUUAAAUGUCCUCUUAUUCUGUGA